AUGGAUCGUGGAAGUCCGAAUCUCACCGGUUCAAUUAAUGGCACUGAGCCACCGCAUGGGGAAGAAUCCGACAGCGAUCAGGAUUCAUCAAGCUCGGUGUACAGUAUGUCAUCCGGCGAAAUUGAAAACCAUUUCGUUGUAAGAUAUAAUCGACGGUUCCAUUCGCCUGGGAACGGGAACGUGCGUCUCUAUCCACUUCCCGUCGAUGAUGCGGAAGUACAGAGGCUCAAUCGCUCUCACGAGUUGAUAAAAGAGUUGCUUGGAGGACGGAAUUAUUGGGGGCCACCUCCGCAGAGCUUAGUUGCACCUAUCAAUGCUGAACACAGGGUUCGUAUCCUAGAUGUUUGUACUGGUAAUGGGAAGUGGGUAGAUGAAAUGGCCGCUGAGUUUCCACAAGCAAAAGUAUACGGACUUGACAUUGAAAACGUUCAAUUUGAGAUUCACGAUAUAAACACCACGACGCGCUGGGCCGGGGGCCGGUUUGACAUAGUACACACGCGGCAAAUUAUCUUGACUCAUAUCCAUUAUCCCGCCGUCCUGCGUGAGGUGGCUAGAAUCUUACGUCCGGGAGGGCUCUUCCUCGCUGGUGAAUGGCUACCAGUCCUUUUCACCCUAGAUGGGUCCAGAACGUCCACAACUUCAAACGGUGUGUCGGCGUUCCUUCACCUCGUUUCCGACAUUGCCGGGCGACGUGGUCUUUUUCACAAUACGCUAGAAAUCCCGCGAAUACUUAUGUCAAACACCUACUUCGAAAACGUAGUUGCGGAACGGAGGGUUGUUCCCCUCGAUGGCAGCACUCGGGCGGAUCGCACAAAACGGGCUUUAUUGGAGUUUGCAGACGCAGCGAAAUACUUCCUUCGUGAUUCUGGGAUUUCCGCAACUCGCGUUGAAGACAUCCUUCAGGCAUUGCGUCGCGACCUGAACAACGCUAGCAACUUCUCCCUGAUCUAUCUGACUGUUCACGCUCGACGGAAGGUAUAUGCAGUACCGUGA